UCUAGGGCGGAUCAAGCUUGUGAGCCGAGGUCGGGAGCCGACGACCGAGCAUUCAGUGAGUGACUGACUGAGUGCGUGCGUGGUCAGUACUUCGUGGUCCAGGACGAAACAUGUGGUUGGAACACACCUCCCUCUUCAUCGCAAUAGCUCUGCAGCUUGCUCAAGUGCCCCGAAUGCGUAGGUCAAAUCGGGCACGACACUGGGGCUCCGAGGCCGUGGGACGGGGAAUGAGGACUCAAGAUCGGAAACUAGCUGCCUGGAGGGCGAUGGGAGGCCCAUUUUUCGCCCAUCGAAUAAGGCUGGAAAGCACAUGGGAGAAAAUGGAGACGAACAGUGAGACUAAGCUCUAUGAGUGAUAGCAAUUCUUGCACUGCACUGAUUUCAAUGCGUCGCGCAAGAGCCGACGGGGCCCGCGGAUUGCUGCGGAUCCCACAGAGUGAACCGGCGGGUGAGCUUCGCUUCGCCG